CAAAUUUUGGUUCUAUGUUAAAGUGAGGUGUAUAUGUCCCUAUCAUAUAAGAGUUUAAAUUGGUAGACAAUGGACAAGUCAUUGAUAACUAAUUUUUAGUUGUGUAGAGCAACUCUAAUCAAAAUAAGGCAUAUUGCUGGAAUUGCCACAUGGGAUAAAGAUAGUCUCUUUUGAGGCAAAACAAGUAAAAUCAGUCAAGAGACCGGAUUCAGAAUUUUAAGUUAGGAGUUCUUUAUUAGAAAAUGUAGUUUAUUGGGUUCUGAAUAAAUUAUUUAUACAUAUAUAGAGUUUUGGCUGAAGCUACUGAGUUUUGUCGAACGCUUAACAGAUACUUAUGGAAUCACAAAGGGGUAGUGUGAUUGAACAAUCAUUUGAUUGUUACUCAGCAGGGUUUCAAGAAUGUCUUGAUCAAUUGCCUGAUUGUUUUACUAUUACUGAUCCUUACAUUUCUGGUAAUCCCAUUGUGUAUGCUUCGCGCGGUUUCUUGGAAAUGUUUGGAUAUUCGAAAUAUGAGGUGAUUGGGAGGAAUGGGAGGAUAUUUCAGGGGCCUAAGACUAAUCGAAGAUCGGUUUUGGAGGUUCGUGAGGCGAUUCGAGAGGAGAGGGAUAUACAAAUCAGUUUGUUGAAUUAUAGGAAAGAUGGGACACCAUUUUGGAUGUUGUUUCAUAUGUGUCCUGUUUUCGAUGAGAAGGAUGAGAGGGUGAUUCAUUUCUUGGGAGUUCAAGUUCCAAUUUUGAUUAGACCAAAGACAUCUAGAGUUGGAUUAAAUUUAUGCCAAGAUGGAGCUGGCUGUCGAGAGUCUGUGCUUAGGUGUUAUAGAAGGGAAGUUUACUCCAUGAGCGUGGAACGGGAGCUGUCUCUUGGUUCGGGUUCUGGAUUGGAUUUCGCAGUAGAUGUAGAGGGACCUUGUGAUGCAAGUGAUCUAGAGAAGAGAAAGGCCACUGCUGUUGUAAACAGCAUACUGACUGUGCUGGUACAUGACGGUGAAUCAACAGGCAGACUAGUCCAUGGGAAGAGACGUUCUCAACCUGGAACGGGUCUGCUCGGAGCAUCCUUAAAUAUAUCUCUUGGUAGAAUCAAACGAAGCUUUGUAUUAACCGACGCCAACUUGCCGGACAUGCCAAUUGUCUUUGCAAGUGAUGCCUUCCUAAAAUUAACAGGCUUUUCCAAAGAUGAAGUGUUGGGCUAUAACUGUAGAUCUUCAAGUGUGACGGACACAGAUUCAAAGUCACAAUUUGGGAUAAAAGAAUGCAUCCAAGAUGAACAACCAAGUACCUUACGUAUGUUAAAUUACAGAAAAGACGGAACCUCAUUUUGGCUUCACAUUUCGCCUGUCCGGAAUGCCUCUGGAAAGGUUGCAUACUUUGUCGCUGUUGAGGGUGAAGAUAAUAGCGAGACUAAGGAGAAUCAAGGGUUGAGACAGCAUGGUGUCAUUGCUGCUGUAAAAGUUGCUGUGAGAGGCUUGUCAAUGGGUGUGAGAACAUGCUAGUUCUUGCACAAACUGAUUUCUUCUGUCCUUUACAAAUGUUACUACCUCACAGUUCUCGUUAGCACCAGAUGAAAUGCAUACAGACAAGAUUAUAAAUAAGGUAAAUAGUUUUGCUGGAGUGGAUGUGUAUAUCAAGGCGUCGGCAUCAGACAUAUAUGUGUAUAGUGAAAAGAGUGGUCAAGCAGAAUAUUAUGUAUUUGUUAGUCCCUUUUGUUGAAGUCACUGUUUUUAUUUGCAGUUAAGUCUUAAGGAAAUAAAGAAGCACCAAAAAUAAUGGAGAUGCGGGGUAUCGAUCCCCGUACCUCUCGCAUGCUAAGCGAGCGCUCUACCAUCUGAGCUACAUCCCCUGUUUGUUUGUUAUUGUUGAGAUUACUCUAUUUUACGGUAACUUUCCUAAUGUUGGAAUUUC